GGGGCCCGCCCGAGACACUUGCUCCGCCGAGCUACGGAGCGCCGCAGCGGCCAUUCCCGGCCGUGCCGCCGCCAUGCCGCGGUACGCGCAGCUGGUGAUGGGCCCGGCGGGCAGCGGGAAGAGCACGUACUGCUCCACCAUGGUGCAGCACUGCGAGGCGCUGGGCCGCGCCGUGCAGGUGGUGAACCUGGACCCGGCGGCAGAGCUGUUCAGCUACCCCGUGAUGGCAGACAUCCGUGAGCUGAUAGAGGUGGACGAUGUGAUGGAGGAUGAAUCCCUGAGGUUUGGCCCCAAUGGAGGUCUGGUGUUCUGCAUGGAGUACUUUGCCAACAACUUCAACUGGCUGGAGGAGAGCCUGGGGCACGUGGAGGAUGAUUAUAUAUUGUUUGACUGCCCAGGUCAGAUCGAGCUCUACACGCACCUGCCAGUGAUGAAACAGCUGGUGGAGCAGCUCCAGCAGUGGGAAUUCCGUGUCUGUGGAGUGUUCCUCGUGGAUUCUCAGUUCAUGGUGGAAUCUUUCAAGUUUAUCUCUGGAAUUCUGGCAGCACUCAGUGCAAUGAUCUCUUUAGAGAUUCCACAGAUUAACAUCAUGACCAAAAUGGACUUGCUGAGCAAGAAAGCCAAGAAGGAAAUAGAAAAGUACUUAGACCCAGACAUGUAUUCUAUGAUUGAAGAUUCUACAAAUAUAUUGAAAAGCAAAAGGUUUAAAAAGCUGACUAAAUCUAUAUGUGGACUGAUUGAUGACUACGGAAUGGUUCGAUUUCUGCCUUUCGACCGCUCCGACGAGGAAAGCAUCCACAUCGUCCUGCAGCACAUUGACUGCACCAUCCAGUACGGAGAGGACCUGGAGUUUAAGGAGCCAAAGGAAUGUGAAGAAGAUAAAUCUGCUCUUGUGGAUGAAUACUUUCAGGAUCGUGUGGAUGAGUAAAAAAAAAAUCCAUUCAAACUGGGAGGAAAAUACUUUCUUUGUGGUAAAAAUUAAAAAUGAAAAAAAAAAAUCCCAACCCCUCCACAAACACACUUAAAUGUUUUAUCUGUAAGAUAACUAAUAUUUAUAGUGAACAGUGAGUUACAUGACCUCAAAACUAUUUUAAUAAACAGUUUUUUAUU